AUGAUUCUUAAACAAUGUAGUUCAAGAGAAGGAUUUGAUUCCUCAAAUGAUAUUGAUCAAUAUGAUUUAGAACAAUACAAAUAAAAAUCUAAAACUUUCUAAUAUGAUGAAGAAUGCAAUCAAACUUUUGAAAAAAAACCCAUGAUUUAAGAGUCCAUUAAAUAAUGUAGGAUUUUAAACUUAGAUGUUCCCAAAGUCCUUAUAAACAAUAAAACUAUUUAUUUAAGCUAGCCAUUAUACAACACUAAACAAAUUCAUAUGCUAAUAUAAAAUAAUGAGGAACGAUAGGAAUUUGAAAUUUAAACACCUAUAAUAAACAGACCUUUUGUUGGGAUGAUAAAAUCAGGUUUAAAAUUUGAUUCUAACUUUGAAUCUGGAAAUCUCGAUCGAGUAGAUUACGUAAUUAAUUCAAUAAUUAUCUCAGAUUUCAAACGAUGAAUAUAAUUUAUAUAUGAGAAUAGAUACCAAUUCCAUUGGUCAUAGCAAUUGGUUUUAUUUUAAAAUAACCUAAAAUGAAUAAAGAAAAAUAAAAUUUAACAUAUGCAAUUUCACAAAACCUUAAAGCUUAUACACCAAAGGUAUGAAACCAUAUGUUUUAUCAAAAAAGAGCAAAAACAAAUAUUUUAGUCAACAAGGAGAUAACAUUAAAUAUUAAUAAUAAGGCUAAUACUUCAUUCUCUCAUUUACAUAUUUUUUUGAAUAUGAAAAUGAUGAAGUUUCUUUUGCAACCUUGCCACCUUAUACUUACACAUAAUUGAUAAAUAAGAUAAAAAAAUGGAGCAAAUAAUCGAAAUAAUAUUUUUCAAAAUUAAAAAUAGCAAAUACUUUAUCUGGGUUAGUAUUGCCAUUGAUAGUAAUAACAGAUAAAUCAAUAGAUAAAAAUAAAAAGAUAAUAAUUUUGACUGCAAGAGUACACCCUUCUGAAACUUGCAGUUCAUAUAUGAUUCAAGGUUUCAUUUCAUUUUUAUUAGGAGAAUCUUUCAUGGCAUAAUAUCUAAGAAAGAAGUAUAUCAUUUAAUUAUGAAUUAAUAGCAUAAUAUUUAAAAUAAUUCCAAUGUUGAAUCCAGAUGGAGUGGUAGUAGGAAAUUAUCGAAAUGGUUUGAGCGGAGUGGAUCUAAAUAGAUAAUUUUAAGAGACGGAUUUGACAUUAUUACCAGAAGUUAAAGCUUUGAAAUGUUUGAUAGAAGAUAAUCAAUAUAAAUUGAUUGGUUAUUUUGAUUUUCAUGGCCAUUAGGUGAGAAAGAAUAUUUUUUUAUAUGGUCCAGCAAUAAAUGGUGAAACAAGGAUAGUUCCUUUAAUUUUAUAAUAAAGAUUAGAUUCAUUUAGAUUUAAAUCAUGUGAAUUUGGGAUACCAAAAUUUAAGAUGGGAACUGCAAGAGCUUAUGCUAAUUAAUAUAUUGAAUCAAUAUGUUAUACAAUAGAAGCAUCUUUUUGUGGUUAUUAGAAAGGGAAGAAUUUUAGAUUCAUAAGUAGUGAUUGGAUUGAAAGUGGAUUAUGUAUAGGUGAAACAUUAUUCCUGUAUUUGAAUAUGAAGCAGCAACAUUAAAAAUAAUUAAGUAAAACAUUGGAUAUGAAACAUAGAAUAAAAUUAAUUGUUAAAAACAAUAAAUGAAAUGUCUUUGAAGGUAGAAUAAACAGAAGUAAAGCAUGAUUCAGAUGAUGAAAUAAAUAGUUAAUCAGAUGCAGAAAUAUUUGAAGACUAUGAUAGAGAGAAAUUAGAUCAACUUUAGAAUUAGAUGAAAAAGGAGCUAAGUGGUUAGAAUCUAUUAGAAUAGGAGGCUAAAAUACUCAAAAAUAUGAAAGUACAAAGUGUUUCAAGAAAGAUAAAGGCUACACCUUUAUAUUUAUUAUCAAAAAAGUAGUUAAUGUAAUUAAUUAGAGAUUAGCAACGUCCAUCAUUGUAUCCUGAUCUAAGUAUACAAAAUUGGGAAUUUCGAUCAAAGAAUGGAAACAGUACAGAGAGUAAGAAUCUAAUUUAGAAAAGAGGAAAAACAAAUAGCAAGUUGUUGCAAUCAUUUAGAUUUGAAAAUAGAAAGAGAGCUAGUUCAAAUUAAGAUGGAUCUCCAUUUAAUUAAACGAUCUAACAAAUCAUUAUCACAUAAAUAAUUCCAAAAAAGACAAUAUAUAAUUUUCCAAUUUUAGAGAAUAUGCAAUAAAGUGUAGGAGCACCUCUCCCAUUUAUUAGAAAACUAUUAAAAGGAAAUAACAAAAAACUGUCAGGAUGA